UUACUUCAAGUACUGCAAGAUCUCGGCGCUGGCGCUCCUGAAGAUGGUGAUGCACGCCAGGUCAGGGGGCAACCUGGAGGUGAUGGGGCUUAUGCUGGGCAAGGUGGACGGGGAAACCAUGAUCAUCAUGGACAGCUUCGCCCUGCCCGUGGAGGGCACCGAGACUCGCGUCAACGCUCAGGCGGCCGCCUACGAGUACAUGGCAGCGUACAUUGAAAACGCAAAGCAGGUUGGUCGUCUAGAAAAUGCAAUUGGCUGGUAUCACAGUCACCCUGGCUAUGGCUGCUGGCUCUCUGGGAUCGACGUCAGUACACAGAUGCUUAAUCAGCAGUUUCAAGAACCCUUUGUAGCAGUGGUUAUUGAUCCAACAAGAACAAUAUCUGCAGGAAAAGUAAAUCUUGGAGCAUUUAGGACAUAUCCUAAGGGCUAUAAACCUCCAGAUGAAGGCCCCUCUGAAUACCAGACUAUUCCACUUAAUAAAAUAGAAGACUUUGGUGUACAUUGUAAACAGUAUUAUGCUUUAGAAGUCUCAUACUUUAAAUCAUCUUUGGAUCGUAAAUUGCUUGAGCUUUUGUGGAACAAGUACUGGGUGAACACUCUUAGUUCUUCUAGUUUGCUUACUAAUGCUGACUACACCACUGGCCAAGUCUUUGAUUUGUCUGAAAAAUUAGAACAGUCAGAAGCUCAGCUUGGAAGGGGCAGUUUCAUGCUGGGUUUAGAGACUCAUGAUAAGAAAUCAGAAGACAAACUUGCAAAAGCAACAAGAGACAGCUGCAAGACCACCAUAGAAGCUAUACAUGGAUUGAUGUCUCAGGUUAUUAAGGAUAAACUUUUUAAUCAAAUUAAUAUAGCUUGAAGUGCAUCAUCAGCUGAUAUGCAUCUCCAAAGCAGAAAAAAGUCAUGGUUUCUUUUGCUUGGACUUGUUCAAUUUGGGCAAUGAAGCUGGAGUGGAAAAUUAUUCAUUUAAUUUGUAGUACUUUAAUAUCUCCCACCUGUCUGACCAGUUUUAAAGAACAAAAUGUUCUGAAAUGUAGUGCAACUUUUUGUUCUUUAUCAUAAAACACAACCAGUUUGGAGAAGUGUUCCAAAGGAAAAAUAAAUGUGACUUACUGGAUUUUGCUCUUAGGUAUUUAUCUCUAUUAUCCAACUGCAAUAAAAUGAUUUUGAAAA